AUAUCUUCUUGACCUUGCCAGAGAUCAUCUCCACUUUUUUUCUUCCAGCAAAACAAUGUGCAGUCUAGAGAAGAAUGGUAACAUUUUCAUCCUGACCUUAACUGGCGAUGACGAACACCGGCUACAUCCAACGUUAAUCGAAUCAAUCCAAACCGCUCUUAAACAAGUUCGCAAAGAAGCAAAGCCUGGCUCAGUUUUGAUCACAACAGCACAAGGAAAAUUCUUCUCAAACGGCGAGGAUCUCAAGUACGCUGCAGCUGCCGGUUCUGCCACUGGGACGUACGAUCGGAUUCGCGAGAUGUCAGAUAGUUUCAAAUUUGUCGUUGCUGAUCUUCUGUCGCUUCCGAUGCCCACCGUAGCUGCUGUUUCUGGUCAUGCUGCCGCAGCUGGAUUCAUCCUUGCACUGAGCCAUGACUAUGUAUUGAUGAGGAAAGACAAAGGGAUUUUGUAUAUGAGUGAGUUGAAUAUUGGGCUAACUUUAUCUGAUUAUUUCAUGGCUUUGUUGAAAUCAAAGAUUCCGUCUUCGAGUGUUCGCAGGCAUGUUUUGCUCCAGUGUGUGAAAAUUAAGGCAGAUAAGGCUGUGGAAAUGGGGAUUAUUGAUUUUGCUUAUGAUACUGCCGAGGAAUCACAAGAAGCUGCUUUGAAAUUGGCAGUGAAGUUGGGUUUUAACAAAUGGAAUGGUGGAGUUUAUGCUGAUAUUAGGAUGAAUUCAAUUCCUGAAAUUUUGGGUUUGUUGCCAAUUUCAAAUCGGUUGUACCAGCCAAGUCUAAGCUUUGAAAACCAAAUCUCUUUCCCUGCAACUACAGUCAUUAGCAAGGCUCCGAUACCAAUUCCGACCGGUUUAGAAGUGUGUUAGCAGUUUGGUUUUUUCUGUUUGGUCUAC